GGCUAUGGAGGCAGUGCCAAUUCUGUCGACUGGGUAUACACUGAGUAUGCCUUAUAUAAGGCUUCUCGUACAAGUGUCCUAUUUGACUAUAGCUUAUCCUCUCCGCCACUUUCUAGCAACAUCAUUCGUCAUGGAUGGACUUUCUAGUGCUUCCGCCGUGUUUGCUGUUGUGUCUAUUGCUGUCCAGCUUGCAGAGACUAUUCAUAAAUUAGUCGACUUUUGGAAAGCGGUCGAAGAUGCUCCGGAUCACGUUGCGAGUAUCUUUGGAGAACUUGGACUUCUUUCCAAGAUCUUGGCACAAAGUCAUGAACUAGCGCAAAUCCACUCGUUUUCUGAUAUAUUCGAUGAAGCGCUGAGAGAUUGUUACUCCAAGAUUCUCAAACUCCAUUCAAAAGUGGAAAACACGAGGAAGAACCUCAAUUCUUCAAAACUACGAAAGCGGAAAUGGGCUGCUUGGAAGAUUGUGUUGCAAAAGUCUGAAAUAGAUUCUUUACAAAAGUCCAUCUCGGAAGCGAAAACAAAUAUACUACACAUUCAAGUAAAUAGCCUUUUAGCGCGGCCACCUUCGAUAUCUAAUGUUUAUCAAAUUUACCAACAGAACUCUCAAUCAAGCACUCAGGUAUCUGAAAGAAUGCAGAUAACGGAACAGCAGCUAGCAAGUAUCUUAACAGAAAAGCAGAAUCCGUUGAGUUUGUCGGCCGGAUGCCUUGAUGAAAAACUAGCGCAUUUGAGCCCUGACAUAGCGGGAAAACAACUUGCUCUGCUUGAGAAUGGUGAAAAGCAUGAACAAUCGCAACCCGGAUACGCAAAUAUUCCUCGAGUUGCUGUUGGGUCGCGUAAACUGAGUGUUUAUGCAAGCAAAGGGCGCAAAGUUACAAAUCCAUUCUCAAAUAUAUGGUCUGUAUCUCAGCGGGUUCAGGAGCAGAUUGUUCAUUCAUCGGGGACCAGGGACCGCGUGGAAGCAGAAUCUCAAAUAAUUGUAUACCCUUCAAAGUGGCUUGUCAACAUUGGCAUGGCUUAUGGCGUUAAACUAUCUGUCUUAGCAUCAAGAGGAUGGCAGUACUCAUUUCAACCCUUUCGCGCUGUACCCGAGAGUGCUUUAAUUUUUGAAUUUUGCCGCACAGGGAAUCUCGAUGGGGUAAGAACAUUGUUGAGUCGAGGAGACGCGUCCCCUUAUGAUAGGGACCCUUCGGGGAAAACACCUUUAUGGUAUGCUGUUCUUCAUCAUCAAUUGGAAAUAUCCGCACUGCUGCUUUUGGAGGGUGCAGACGCAGAGGCGAUGGACUGGGAACGUGGAAGGAAACCAAUCCAAAACCUCUAUCUUGGUACCAAUGAAGACGUAAAAUUAAAAAUAGAAUUGGCGAAUUUGCUUGCUCAUUACGAUUCUGAGGACGAUAUUAAUUUUGGGUCAUGCGGAAGACUACUUUUGUUUUAUAGACCAGACAAGAAAAUGAGUCUAGACGUCUCAACAAGGCAUGAGUCGUCACUGCUAAUCUUACAUUAUAUGGCGUCCUAUUUUCACCGCACGAAUUUUAAUUUCAGUGGCCUAUUCAGCGAUUUAUUGACGUUUGGAUAUGUCGGUCCAGUAUUGCAAUGGCCUUUGCGCUUCAUUCCUGGGAAGCUCUGCAAUGGAAACUCGAAUAUUCUUCAGGGCGCCAUUAGGUCAAUCCUAAUGAUACGAGAACCUCUCACAAUGAAGGCCAUUAUUGACAAAAGCACAACAACUGAUCUUCACCUUUACGUCGAUUUCUCAUCGUCAAAACGUUACAGAAAAGAGACACCUACAUCAUUAGCAAUGUAUAAUCUGGAAGGGUUCCUGAUCUGGCGAAGACUUUUGAAAGAGCUUGGAUUCGAUAUAUCAGCUUUCGUUGCUCGCGAACUAGAAACAGAGGGGUUAAAAUCAAUUGGGUGGACUCAAAAAACACUUAUCGAAUUGUUUUAUCAAGACUUUACACACGUGGUGCUUCCUAAGCCAUCCCAUUCACUGGGUUACCGUCGUUGCGACAGAUGUGGAUUUUAUGACACUGUGCGUAUGCGUCAAAAAGUAGACCUUGAAUGGCGACGCAUACUCCGAUUAAUUAGAACAGGAAAAUACCACGUGAAGAUUGUCGAUAAUGAUCCGUUGCUGGCGGGAGAGAAAGAUGCUAAUACCAUCGAUCGCACUGAUGAGAAUGCUACGAAAACAAGUUCUGAUUCUCUGCCUUGCCGUUUCGUUUGCCAAAUUAUUUGCGAAGACAAUCUUCGUGUGGCAUGGGAAGACGAGAGUGUUGAGCCACCGAACAUCCCACCGUACAUCCCAGAAGAGGAAAGAAACCGUCUCAAACAAUUGCGAUUAGCCGAGGAGGAAGCGAAAUGUCCUACUUACACUAUGCCUGGGGCUUUCAGUCCUCAGUAAUAUGAUAUGCAGUCCGAGCAUGGAUCUCGGGGUAUAGGGAUAUCGGAUCUCUUUUUGUUCCGAAAUUCGUUGAAGAUAGAUGAUUAUUAGAAUGUUUGAAGAGAAUAUAGAAGCUAACUCACAUAGUUGGUCGAUACUAAAGUAUCUACUUGGGGGGAGGGGGCUCACUGUACUCACACUCACCGUUGGCGAAAUAACGAAUGCAAUCCGCCAUCAAAAUUGAUACUAUAGGUUCGACUUAACAUCCAAAUCGAUCUAAAAGUGUAGCGAUUCAAAUAUUGCAACAUGGAAAAUCUGUUUUGCGUUGUUUAUUGACGACUUUGGUUAGUAAUGUGUUAGAGUCGAGGUGGUUAUUUGAUGUCGAGAUCGAGUUGCAUCUGGUUCAUAAAUAGAUUUAUUUAAUUUGAGAGAUGGAUUAGAAAUAAAGAUAUAUUGAAUAGGUUAUCGGAAGCUACAAAGGGCACUUGGAAAGAAGCACUUGGAAUGGCUGGAUUUGUAUCCUAUAGACCUUAGGCGUGCUACUAGUGACGCGUUUGUGAAUGCUAUAAGCUAAUGCCUCUUACACCAACAGCGAAUGACCCGGAUUGCGAGAGGUGAAUUAGUAAUUUUAUGA